CAGCAAGUAAUGUAGCGGCCGCUUUCAUAGUGUUCUUGUCAGUCUGCCUGUUGACGAGAACUGGUCAAAAUUCCUCAUUGUGCUCACUUUGUUGAAAGGCAUCGUGUUGUUUACGCCUUCAAAAGAAUCAUCUGCUUUUUGCUCGUGAAGAUGCAGUCAGCGCCGGCGAAGUUGUGCACGAUUCACAAAGAGAUGUCGCCAACACUACGUGAUACCACCAUGAGCUUUGACUCCGAUGAGUGGGAAGAUGACGAGCCCUCAACCUCACGUUUUUUGCUCGUGAAGAUGCAGUCAGCGCCGGAGAAGUUGUGCAUGAUUCACAAACAGAUGUCGCCAACACUACGUUAUACCCCCAUGAGCUUUGAGUCCGAUGAGUGGGAACUUGACGAGCCCUCAACCUCACCUUGCCAACCGGGGAAGACAGAAUCAAACCCAGUGAUUGAAGAGAAGCUAGCUACAUUUGAAAAGAAGCUGGCUACAAUGGAAAAACAUCCGGGAUCAAACCUCAUGAUUGAAAAGAAGCUAGCUACAAUUGAAGGGAAGCUAGAUGAAAUGGAAACACGUCCAAAAUCAAACAUAGUGAUUGCAAAGAAGCUAGCUACAUUAGAAGAGAAGCUAGCUAAUAUUGCAACAUGUACCGAUUCAAACAUCGUGUUUGAAAAGAAGCUAGCUACAAUGAAAAAGAAGCUAGAUAAAAUGGAAGGAGAUAGCAGGUUUUUAAGUAGCACCCUGCUAACUGUGAGAGACCACGCUCAAAAAGUCAAUGAUUUCUUCCUGUGGGAAAGAAGAUAUCAUCCACACUCAAUGAAAUAAUAAUAAAAAGAAACUGCUCUUUCAGUCAGCCA